ACUACAUGCUAACAAAAAAACCAACACUUGAGUCAACAACAAGGACAGUGUCGGGAAAGGCGGCACCUAAUAUAUUAGUGAGGCCACCGUGCACCGCAGUCAGAUCCCCCUCAGUGGUCGCAGCAACACUAGCCAACGAUGAUGCUGACGAAGGCAACAAUGCUGGCGGUGGUGCUGGCAACGGUGAGUGUGGAGGCCUUGGACACACUCACUUGUGGCAGUACAACAAUGAAUCCGGGAGAGAGGGUGGUCAUCCAGUCUCCGAACUAUCCUCAAAACUACGACGACAGUGACAGGUGCCAAUACGAGAUCCAGUGCAACGAAGAGAGCUCGACCUACUUGGAAUUCAUCUGUCCUGUUUUCGAGCUCGAGGAUUCUACUAACUGCGAUAACGAUCGUCUGAUUAUCAAGUACAGAAACACAGACUCAAGCAGAAACUGUGGCACGGACUCUCCAGACGGGACCCUGACCACAACAGGCUGGACGCGCAUCACCUUCGCCACCAACUCCAAUACCAACGCCAAAGGUUACCGCUGCUACAUCUGGUGCCGAAAUAAUCCUACUACCACCACCGCUGAGCCAACUACAACUACUACUACUACUGAGGCAACAACCACUACCACAGAAGCAACUACUACUACCACUGAGCCCACAACUGCCACUACUACUGAGGCAACUACUACUACCACUGAGGCAACUACCACUACUACUGAGGCAACUACUACUACUACUACUACUGAGGCAACUACUACGACUACUGAAGCAACUACCACUACCACUGAGCCAACUACCACUACUACUGAGGCAACUACUACUACUGAGCCAACCACUACUACUACUACUGAGCCAACCACUACUACUACUGAACCAACCACUACUACUACUGAGGCAACCACUACUACUACUGAGCCAACCACUACUACUACUGAGGCAACCACUACUACUACUGAGCCAACCACUACUACUACUGAGGCAACUACUACUACUGAGCCAACCACUACUACUACUGAGCCAACCACUACUACUACUGAGACAACUACUACUACUACUACUGAACCAACUACUACUACUCCUGAAACAACAAGUACCGUGAGUGACAAAACCUCAACGUCUGAAUCAACUCUUGUGACUUGCUAGAGAAAACUGAAACCGGAUCCUUCACGAGUCAAAACCACGGAUGAACGAGACUCUUCUUUUGUUUAAAAUUUCAUAGACUUUCCUCGCCAGAUGUCCUUCUCCUUUCACCAAGUGCCUUAAAAGUGAAUUAGUGAUUUACCGGCGUCCGUAGUUUCAAUGCAAACACAAUAUUUUUGUUGUUGUUGUUGUUUUGUUUUUGUUUUAGGUGAAUUUAGGCCCAGUAAGAAUACAGAUGUGGUGCCUCAUCUUAACAUAUAGGUAAUUGUAAUCGAGACAUCUUUGCUGUUCUGGUUAGUUGUUAUUUGACCGCCAGGAAACAUUGCGGUACAGGAUCUGUCAAUAAAGUAAAGUUACAUUA